AUGUCCAACUCAACGUCUCAAGAAAUAACUGCAGCUCAAUGUCAAUUUCUCACAAUUCCUUACAAUCCAGCAGCUCAUCCUAGACAAAUUUCUUUAUUAGAUACAAAUGGUCAACAAAUUCUAUAUACAUUAAUAGAAUCGAAUCAAGAUAGUUCAGUACAAGUUGCUUCGCAGUUGCAACGAAAUAAUAUCACUGCAACAUCAAGUGCAACGCAUAUUUCACCGAAUAUGAAUGCAUGUUGUAUCUGCAAUAGUCAUGCUGUUGCUAAAUGUAGUUACGGAAUAAGUUCUGGAAGACCUUGUGGUCGUUUAUUAUGUUUGUCGCAUAUAUAUGAAUUACCGAGUGCAAAUGGUGGACGAUAUCCACAUUGUCCUGAACAUUAUCAACAUAUUCAACAAAAUAAAUGUCAUGUUAUGUAA